UGCGCAGACAGAGAGCGGUCUGGAGUUCUGCGUUCCGCGUUCCGCGCUCUGCGUUCUUUAGAAUGGACCGCGUCUAUAGCGACAACGCACACAGCGGGCAGUCUGACCGCGGCGGGCAAAGCGGAACGUCGCGUUCUAGCGUUCUAUUCCCGCCGAGACAGCGAACGCCGGAACGCCGCGAUGUCCGAAGUCGCAAAUACCGAAAAAUUGAUUGAAUUAGUUAGAGAAAGGAGUUUAUUGUACGAUUUAAGUGAUGUAGACUAUAAAAAUCGUGACAAAAAAGCAGAAGCUUGGCUUCAAAUUGCCACAGCAUUGGGAUUUGGAGAUAGUAAAUUAUGGAUAGCCAAGUGGAAGAGUCUGAGAGACAGCUACGGAAAAUUCAAAAAAAAUAAUGAGUCUUCUACAGGCCAGUCUUAUAAAAAGUAUAAGACUUGGCCAUGGGCGUCACAAAUGAGGUUUUUGGAUGAUUACAAUGUUAGAAGACCAACAGAAAGUAAUAGUCAGCCUUCUCAAGCCACCAUAGAUACAACUUUUCACACCGACACGAACAUUACGGACGACUCUUCGGUGGAUAUGACUCUGAGUGAUGCGACACCUGGUCCAAGCAAGCCAUUUUCAAGAAAAAGAAUAAGAACGAGCGAAGACUCCAGCGAUAAAAUACUGGACGGCUCGCAGUGGGCACGAACACCAAAAUGUGUUCCGAAGCAGCGGCACGCAACGUAUGGGAAGACUCGGAGUAGUGGCGUGCAGCGGUCAGGAAGACACGGGGCUCCGGCGCGCAGCGGCAAGCGUGCGCGGCGCGCAGAUCCACGCCUCAGCGCAGUGAUGCAGCCUGCGUGCUCGAGCGUCAGGCACGACCAGCAGCGUUCGUAUGGAGCCCCCAGCAGACAGGCCAGCUGA